UGUGUUUACAUCUUCAAUCAAUCGUUUCAAAAUUAUUCUGCUAUUGUUUCCUUCUUUUCCUUUUGAUAUUUAAUAAAUCUUAAUCGUUAUUAUUAAUAAUAAAAUAUUAAUCUUUAUUUUGGUGUCAACUUUUCUAUUAAAAAUGGUCGUUGAAGAAAAUUUACCUUGGGUUGAAAAAUAUCGACCAAACACUUUGGAAGAAUUGAUUUCUCAUGGAGAUAUUGUGUCUACAAUUCAAAAAUUUAUCUCUGAAAGACGGAUUCCUCAUUUAUUAUUUUAUGGUCCUCCUGGUACUGGUAAAACGACAACCAUUCUAGCAAUCGCUAAACAGCUUUAUUCACAGAAGGAAUUUUCUUCCAUGGUUUUGGAGUUGAAUGCGUCCGAUGACAGAGGAAUUGGAAUUAUUAGAGGACCUGUUCUAAGUUUUGCCAGUACCAAAGCAAUUUUCAAAACUGGCUUCAAAUUGGUCAUUUUGGACGAAGCUGAUGCUAUGACUCAAGAUGCUCAAGAUGCACUAAGACGAAUAAUGGAAAAGUAUACUGAAAAUACAAGAUUUUGCCUCAUCUGUAAUUAUUUAUCCAAAAUCAAGCCAGCUAUACAAUCAAGAUGUACCCGAUUUAGAUUUGGUCCACUCAGCUCAAACCAAAUUGUACCCCGUUUAGACUAUAUAGUCUCAAAGGAAAAUGUCAAUAUUACAGAAGAUGGCAAAAAGGCGAUUCUUGAAUUAUCUGGAGGUGAUAUGAGAAAAGUUAUUAAUCUUUUGCAGAGUACUCAUCUAGGUUUCGAUGUUGUUGAUGAACUUAAUGUUUAUUUAUGCUGUGGCCAACCUCUUAAAGCAGAUAUUGAAUCAGUUUUGGAAUGUUUAUUAACAAUGCCUUUCAAGGAUUCACAACGUCGUUUGAUAACUAUACAAAAGGAGAAAGGGAUUGCCUUACAGGAUAUUCUGAGUCAAAUUCAUUUAGCAGUACAUAAAAUUGAUGUCUCGCUCAAGAAUAAGAUUGAAAUUCUUCGUAAAAUGGCAAACAUUGAGUAUUACAUAUCGUCAGGAGCUAAUGAAACAUUACAACUGUCUGCACUCGUAGCCGCUUUUAAACCAGCAAGAAAAACAUGUACUUAAUGAAAUUUACUCAAAAGUCUUAAUUUUAUGAAACAUGUCAAUUAUUCAAAGUUUAAAACGUACAGAAUUGUCUUGAUUACACUCAAUAUCUCAUUUGCUGAAUAAACGAUAAAAUACUUA